UACGAUAUGUACAUACAUACGUCGUGCACAUUUUUUCAAUGCAUACAUACAGCCUGUCGUCCUCAUCUUCUAACUUAACUGAAGGAGCAACAGGAAGGAAGGUUUAAUAUCCCUUCGCUUGUGUAGUGUGAUCUGUUCACACUGUCAUCAACUACACAUUGUGCCGUUAAAUUAUUUUGGGCAGGGGACUGAUUAAAUAAUUUCAGCGAAGAUGGAGAUGCGUGUGGUGCUGGAUCGAGUGGGGCCUUACUCUCCUGGGGACACGGUUCAAGGGAGAGUGAUUCUGGUAAAGAGCAGUGUCACUCUCCUCCCAAAACCACUCGGCCUGCACAUUCAGUUCGACGGUAAGGCGUACGUCAAGUUCACCGUGGCAGAUCGAUGGGGCUACAAAGGUCGGUGGAGGACACACUCUGCGACGGAGACGUACUUCCACUCGGCCAACUACUUGGUGGGCGACGGUCAGCACGAGGUGGCAGAGUUGAGUGGGGGUGGCGUUGCAGAAUUCCCCUUCUCGUUCUCCAUGCCCGCACUACUUCCGUCCUCCUACAAGGGCACUCACGGUUCCGUCGACUACACAGUCACGGUCACAUUGAAGAGAGCGUGGGGUGUUCACAAGGAAGUUGUUCAGCCAUUUCAAGUUUGCAGCCAGUUGGACGUGGCUUCGGUGCAUCACCUCCAGAGGCGCGGAGAGGCGGGGACGAUCCGUAAGAGCGAGCGCGUGGGGAUGUGGUGGUGGGGUGGGACAGUCUUCGUCCACUUGAAUCUGCGUAAGAGAGCAUACAUUCCUGGAGAGUUUGUCCAGUUUUCUGCUCAAAUCAUCAACGACUCAAAAUCCAGUUUGCACAAGGCAAAACUACUUUUGACUCAAGAGGUUCGCUUUCUGGCGCAAGGAGCGUCACAUCUCGUGACCCACAUCCUCAAAAAGGUUAAGGGGCCGGGGGUGAAGGGUGGGGAGAGAACAGUGAACUGGGACGAUCCCACUAGUCUAAAAAUCCCCCCACUGCCUCCCACAACCACUCUCGGCGUGGGCAGCGUCUGCUCCCUCAUCGAGGUCAACUACUUUGUCCACUUGCUCGUGCAACCCUCCUCCCUGACCUUCAAGGACCGCACCAUAGCCUGCAAGUUGCCCAUCACUCUGGGAACGAAGAGGGGCGUGGGAGCGAGGGAGUCGUGGUGCUAUGGGGACACCAACAACCGGGUAGGCUCCAUCUUUUCCACCCUAGAGCGUUCCACCAUGGCGCCCACACCGUCCACCCAAGGGGAGUGGAACUACUACCAGAACGUCGUCUUCCCUCUGAAUCGCUGCUUCUCGGCCCCACUCUACGAAAAUCAUCGUUUCGGUGGAGGUGGACACGUUUCCCCCUUCUCACUUCCGGAAGACUUGGAAGACUCGUCGGCAGCUGGACCUCCCCCAAGCUAUGAAGAGGCGAUGUGUGACUACCAGAAUUCAGUGAUGACUCCGACGCAACCGCGUGGUCUUUCUCUUCAGAAAAGUAACUGCACUUCUCCCGUGACCACGGAACCACUCUACAAUAAUUGACCCACAAAAAUUAUCUCCUCUCUUUGUAUACGCACUUUUACACACCCAUAAAAUACUGGGAAUACGUAUAACUGAACUUUUAGCAAAAAAUAAAGCCUCGAGAAUAAAAAGUA